AUGGAGGUGCACCAAUCUAAAAAGGAGGCAGCAGCACCAGCAGCAGCAGCAGCUGGGGACGAACUGUCGGGCCUGACGCGUGAGGAUGUGGUGGCUCUGCACAGUGCUGCGCUGCAGCGUGCUGAAGCGGCCGCCACUGUUGAUGGCGGUGUGCUGCAUGUCCAGGUCAUGCCACAGACAAAGCCGCGCCGCGUGCCGCGGCGUGGGCGGCACUAUCACCUGCGUGACAUCAUCGAGGGCAUCCUGCAUGGCGAGGGAGCAAACGACGCCCAUGUCAGGAAGUGGAAGCGCAACCUCAAAAGGCUG